AUGGCUACACCAUCCAAGAAUGCCGUCCAAGCGGCCAUGGCCCAGUACAUCGAUAGUUUGGCAGAGCCUCUGCGUGCGCUGAAUCAAAAGAUUCACGAAACCCCGGAACUGGUAUACGAGGAACACAUCGCCCACGACGCCAUCUGCGACUUCCUCCAGUCCCGGGGUAUCCCGACUACGCGCCACGCCUACGGCCUCAAGACGGCUUUCGAAGCCAAAGUCGGCAAUGGAGAUGGUCGCUGUGUGAACUUCAACGCCGAAUAUGACGCGCUCCCUGGAAUUGGACAUGCGUGUGGUCACAACCUCAUUGCGAUUGCCAGCAUCACCGGAUUUCUAGCUCUGGCAUUUGCGAUUCGCGAAUUUGGUAUUUCUGGCCAUGCGCAGCUCCUGGGAACCCCGGCUGAAGAGGACGGUGGCGGCAAAAUCGAUCUGAUCAACGCGGGGGCGUACCAGCAAUCGGAUGUGUCUUUGAUGGUCCAGCGCAGUCACCCCAUUUCCGAGGAAGAGUUUGGUAAAGACGUCCUUGGAAUUGCUGGCCGCUCUUCAAUUGCAUGCUACGACAUCACAGGUGUCUAUCGCGGCGUCAGCGCCCAUGCGUCCGCCAGUCCAUGGGAAGGAGUCAAUGCGCUUGACGCUCUCGUCACGGGCUACAAUGGCAUCUCCAUGCUGCGCCAGCAAAUGAGGCCUGAUGAGCGAGUUCAUGGGGCAAUUUGCGAGGCGCCCACCGUCACGAAUGCAAUCCCCGAGAUGACGCGCACCAAAUACUCGAUCCGCAGCCCGACUGUGGCUGGGGCACGGGCGUUGGGAGACCGCGUACGGAAGUGUCUGGAAGCAGGCGCCCUUGCCACCGGAUGUACGGUGAAGCUGGAGGAAGAUCAAAUCUUUGCCGAUUUGGUUGUGAACGCGCCCUUAUGUGAAAGCUUCCAGGAAUCCAUGGGCGAGCAAGGAGAACGCCUAUCGGUCAAUGAUGGGGUUGUGAUGCCGGGGUCCACCGACCAAGGAAACGUGUCGCAGCUUAUUCCGGCCUUGCACGGCCUCAUUGGGAUCCCGGUAAGCGAUGGGGCUAAGAACCACACGCGGCAGUUCACGGCGGCAGCUGGCACGGACGUAGCUCAUGACAGAAUGAUCGUUGCUGGAAAAGCCAUGGCAGUAACGGGGUGGAAAGUGCUGGUGGAUGAGGGCUUCUACGGCAGUGUCCGCAGUGCUUUUACCGGCACUCCAUGUUAG